GGCAUUUCUUUACAACUGGCGAUAGAGGAGUUUGAAUGGUGACGCACUACGCUAAGAAUUACCUCUUUCGUCGCCGACCUCUUGUCUUUUUUUUCUCUUUUUAUUAUUAGAAAGCGGGCCGCCACCCCGAAUAUUAUGGUGAUAAGUUGUUUAUUGGAGACCUAGAGGGCCGCCAUUUUGAAUGUUUCUUGAAGCGUAUUUCGAACAGGCAUGAACGAUUAGCGAAACCCUCGGAAACAUUAUUUUAUUUUUUGCUAAAAGUUAUGAAUUCUAAAAGAUCAGUUAUGAAAACGUGUGUGAAAUUAACAAUUUAGCGUCGUGAUUUCUGAUCAGGUGUGUAAAUAGUGUGAAACUUAUGGUCCGGAGUCAGAACUUUAAACAUUUUUAAAGGGACGCAGCCCCCGGUUGUCACGGCAACUGAGAAGCGAGCGUCAAGAUGGCGACAGAUACAGAGAGUAUGCAUGAUAAUAUGACAAGGCUUCGAAUGCGCAUGGUACAACAGGUGAGUAGGAGAAACACGUGAACAGCAUGUAUAUAGUUAUUAAUCUUUCUUACACAGCUGUGUGUUGACAAUGUAUCAUGAACAUUACCAUGGCAACACUUUCUUUAGAAUAGCUCUACAGAGCACUUUCGAUUUUUUUAAAAUAAUGAUUUUAAAAAAAUCUUAAGUUGAUUUUUUUUAAAAUUAUUCAUUUUCAGCUUAAAUUUAAUUUCAGUCAUAUAUUGAUUCCCCAGAGGAACUAAGUCGCCCCUUGAUAAAUCCCACUUCCUUGUCUUAGAGGGUCUCUUUGUAGAAUUAAUUUUCCUUAUUUCUCCCUUUCACCUCCUUACCUAACACAUCACGAAUGCCAUAGAGAUUCCAUAAAGAGCAUAACCCUUUAAGUUAAAGUAAUUUUUUUAAAUUAGUUUUCAUUUAGAAAUGCUUGUAUUUUAAUUUAUUAUUUUUUUGUGAUGGUAUUAAAAAAACUAAUAUUUCAUUUUCUUUAUGACUUUGAUUAAAACAUGGGUAGUGCGAAUAUAAAAAGUAUUCAUUCAAUGAGUUUUUGACUUUCACUACCCUGUGUUCUAUGGUUAUCACAAGUUGUUGACAUAGAAUAACUCACUUGUUUUGCUCUAGUAAAAUGGUUCUCAGUCUUCUUAAACCACGCCACAACUUAGAGGUUAAUUUUUCGUAAUCAUUUGUAGUACGAAACGUAAAAUGAGUAAAGCAUAUUUGUAUUCAAUAUUUGACAAACAAUUAGAGAGACUAACUUUCAAAACAUUGCCUUUGUCCUGUCUAACAAUGCCCUCUCUAAAAUUGCCCUGUCUAACAUUGCCAUGUCUAACAUUGCCAUGUCUAACAUUGCCCUCUCUAAAAUUGCCCUGUCUAACAUUGCCAUGUCUAACAUUGCCCUCUAACAUUGUCCUGUCUAACAUUGCCAUUGUCUAACUUUGUCCUGUCUAACUUUGUCCUGUCUAACAUUGCCCUGUCUAACAUUGCCAUGUCUAACAUUGCCCUGUCUAACAUUUCCCUGUCUAACAUUGCCCUGUCUAACAUUUCCCUUCUAACAUUGCCCUGUCUAACAUUGCCCUGUCUAACAUUGCCCUGUCUAACAUUGCCCUGUCUAACAUUGCCCAGUCUAACAUUGCCCUGUCUAACAUUGCCCUGUCUAACAUUGCCUUGUCUAACAUUGCCCUGUCUAAGAUUGCCCAGUCUAACAUUGUCCUUUCUAACAUUGUCAUGUCUAACAUUGUCCUUUCUAACAUUGCCCUGACUAUCAUUGCCAUGUCUAACAUUGCCCUGUCUAACAUAGCCCUGUCUACUAUUGCCAUGUCUAGCAUUGCCCUGUCUAAAAUUGUCCUGUUUAACAUUGCCUGUCAAACGGUUCCCUGGCCUUGUCUAACAUUACCCGGUCUAACAUUGCCCUAUCUAACAGUGACCUGUCUAACAAUAUCUGUCUCUAAUUGUUCUGUCUAAAAUUGUUCUGUCUAGCAUUGCCCACUCUCACAUUGUUCUUUAUAACAUUGCCCUGCCCCUUUCUAAUAUUGCCCUGUCCAACAUUGUCUAAUAUUGUCCUGACAUGCAGCGCCGCUAUUCGGACCCGGGUCCCUUUAGACUCAAUGCUAUUUAGAUGUAAUCUGUGGUAGUUUAUUUUAGUUAAACUGAAGAAAUGAGUUUACAAACAUAUAGUCCAUUCCAUUAUCCUUCAUUUGAUACCAAAUUUUGUCUUACAGCCUAACAAUAAUAUUUUUUUUUAAAUUUUAAUCCCAACCUCUCACUUCUCGGUCCCUGGUCCGAAUAGCCACUUCGUUGUUUUAAUGCAUUUUUUUUCCGUUAAGAAUAGGAUCAGAAAAUACUUCAGGCACGAUGAACUAAAAAUAUAACAUGCGUAAAUUAUUUCUUAAAUCUGGUAAAGUAUCCGCAGUGACUUAUGUACAAUUACAUGAGAACCGCUGUCAUCGGUUUUUCAUUUAAAUCAAGGAGCGUUCAUUGUUAAACUUUGACAGCCAAUGACAGAUUAUCCCAACCUAAUUCAAUUUCUAUGUUAUUUAAAUCUGUCCUCGUUAUUUUCUCACUGAAGCCAUAUUGUUCUAGAAUGUUGCACUAUAUGUACUAUGUAUGUGCUGACGCUGUAUGCACUGACUCUGUAUGUACUGACGCUGUGCGUACUGACGUCGUAUGCACUGACUCCUCCUUUUUAAAGGUUUUUGACUCUGGUUUAGUGUCGACAAAUUAAACAAAGACCAAGGGAGAACAACAAGUAAAAAAAAAACCAAUUUCUGUCACCGAUAUUCUGAAUUUAAUUCCUCAUUUCACGAACACUUAUUCUGAGCAUCGACCUAACCGAGCUGUAGGGAUACACGCUAUUGUUCUUAUGUGAAUAUUUAUGUGAAUUCUGACAAAAUCAUUUAAGCACGCCGCAUCUUAACAAUACGUCACAAAUUUUAGUUAUGUUUAGCUGAACAAAAAUGAUAAAAGCUUGAUUGUAGUUCCAAAAAUGUAAAACUUUGUUAAGUUUUUCAUUGUAUACAAAUCAUCAUCAACAGCCUGUCUUGGGGGGGGGGGGCUCUGACCUGUUUCAUCACAUUCUCCCAUGGGUUUUCAUGUCCACGCACGGACACCCCCCCACCCCCCAGCCACAGGUGAUGCGAUUCCGACUCAAAAAUCCUCUUUCCAUCUCAUUGUCUCUGGUCAGCCUUUAGCCCCUUGUUUGCUGCCUGUUAUCGACAUCCUCUUUCCAUCUCAUUGUCUCCGGUCAGCCUUUAGCCACUUGUUUGCUGCCUGUAAACGACAUCCUCUUUCCAUCUCAUUGUCUCCGGUCAGCCUUUAGCUCCUUGUUUGUUGCCUGUAAACGACAUCCUCUUUCCAUCUCAUUGUCUCCGGUCAGCCUUUAGCCCCUUGUUUGUUGCCUGUAAGCGACAUGCUCUUUCCAUCUCAUUGUCUCCGGUCAGCCUUUAGUCCCUUGUUUGCUGCCUGUAAACGACAUCCUCUUUCCAUCUCAUUGUCUCCGGUCAGCCUUUAGCUCCUUGUUUGUUGCCUGUAAACGACAUCCUCUUUCCAUCUCAUUGUCUCCGGUCAGCCUUUAGCCCCUUGUUUGCUGCCUGUAAACGACUUUUGCUUCUAUACAACCUGGCAUCCUCUAGAGCAGCACUUUUCCGAGCUUUAUAGUUUGGUGGAACGGUGAUCUCGGGACGGUGGACAAGUUUCGAAAUUGCACCAGGGAUCGGUACCUGAUUUAUUAAAUAAUAAUUUCUUUUUGACUUGACCAUAAAUUAUUCAUGUUGUGCGGACCGGAAACGUUAGGCUCGCGGGCCACGACCGGUUCGCAGACCACCAUUUUAGGCAACGCUGCUCUACUGGUGUCCUGGCCAGAGGAACCUUUCUUGGUUUUGUUGAUGCACCAACCGUGACAGCGUACCAAUGGUAAUAUUAAACAGAAAAAUGUGAAGUGACAGUGGUAAUUACAUUGAUUCAGAUCCGGUUCAGCCGAAAACUUCGUAACUGAAUCAAACGAUUCACUUUGACCGAUAGGUCAUGUUUGAUGCUGUUAAAUGGUAAGGAGAUGAUUGCGCGUCAGUUGUAUGUGUGUAUGUGUAUGUAUGUGUGUAUGUGUAUGUGUCGAAUGUAAGAUGUGGGCGUUUUUAGAACGUUGUUGUCAGGAUGGGUGUUAAUGAUUUAUUGUUUGUAUGACGUGGUAUUGGGCGCCAAGUUAACGCGUGAGAGAGUUGAGAUAUUACCUCCGUGUAGAAAGGUAAGUAAUAAGCUGAAGCUUGACAGUAGAGUGAUCAGAUGGUUCAGGACAGUUGAGUAAUUAAAUGGUUUUUUGGACAGGUAAGUGAUUAGAUGGUUCUUGGCAGUUGAAUAAUUAGAUGGUUCUUGGCAGUUGAGUGAUUUGAUGGUUCUUGGCAGUUGAAUAAUUAGAUGGUUCUUGGCAGUUGAGUAAUUUGAUGGUUCUUGGCAGUUGAAUAAUUAGAUGGUUCUUGGCAGUUGAGUAAUUUGAUGGUUCUUGGCAGUUGAAUAAUAAGAUGGUUCUUGGCAGUUGAAUAAUAAGAUGGUUCUUGGCAGUUGAGUAGUUAGAUGGGUUUCUUUUUUUUAGGCAAUUGAGUAAUUAGAUGAUUCAACUUUUGGCCAUAUCAGCAUUGUCACUACUGACAGAACUUACGCCACAUAUCAGCAUUGCCACUACUGACAGGACUUACGCUAUCUCUCAGCAUUGCCACUACUGACAGGACUUACGCUAUCUCUCAGCACUGCCACUACUGACAGGACUUACGCCACAUCUCAGCAUUGCCACUGCUGACAGAAGUUACGCUACCUUUCAGUAGUGGUAAUUCUUACAGAACUUACGCUAUCUCUCAGCAGUGGCACUACUUACAGGAACAACUCUAUCUCUCACCAGUGCCCCUAAGGACAGGACUUGCGCUAUCUUCUUUACUUAUACCUUGUAUGGCACUGCCAUAUCAUUCGCAUUUUUUAUUAUUGAACUAACUCCCGUCAGUAAUGGUCAAUGGCUUACCCUUGUAGACCGACGGGUCGAUUUGUUGAGUGUUUGGUUUGUUUUACAGUGGCCUUAUGUUUGACGUUUAUUACAAACAAGCAAUAUUUUUUUUAAAUGUCGUCUAUCAAAGCCUUUGAAACAAGCGGCGUUCUCGCUAAAGUCUUGUCUACUUUGAUGGCCUUGUCUCGUCUUAUCAUUACCCACCUAUUCACAUGGAUUUAUAUGAAACUUUACAUACCACAGUUGCUUGUUAGUUUAUAUUUAUCGUGAAAUGAGCUAUUCUCCAUAUAGUUUACACCCAGCAAAAACAUUUUGAAGCUAAGAAUGGUUUGGGAAUAACGUUUACUCGUUAUCUACGUUGAUCUUAAAGGCAGUGAGUGUUGGUGUAACUUAUAUUUCUUUAUUGGAAGGGAUAGUAACGAUAGGGACAUAUCUUUAUAUGGCCUCAUUGAAAACGAGCGCCCGAUUCUAGUUAUACAUAUAGUUUCCCAUAAUGAUGCCGCGUUAAUGUAACAAAAGCAUUUUUUUAAGUUUUCCAGAUGACAUAGUCUCCAUUUUUACUAGAGAUCCCUUUCAGGAUUACAUAGUCUACAUUGUUACUAGAGACCCCUUUCCAGAUGACAUAGUCUACAUUGUUACUAGAGAUCCCUUUCCAGGUGACAUAGUCUCCAUUGUUACUAGAGAUCCCUUUCCAGUUGACAUAGUCUCCAUUUUUACUAGAGAUUCACUUUCCAGGCUCAUUUGAAAGCAUCACAUCACUGGAACUAGAUCAAAGAUCUGUGAAAGAUGAAUUAAUAAUUACCCACCAACUGGUCUCCACUAACAGAAGUUCAAUAGGAGUUCACACUUAUAAUAAGUCAAUUAGCUAUAGAUGAGUCUGAGUGCAAACAAUGUAGUGUGGUUUGGUGUGGGGCUGGAUUACUUAACACCACUUGCAAUAUUCUUCAUCUUCAAAAUUAGAUUUAUUAUAACUAGUUAUUAUUGGUAUGCUUCACAGUGCUUAUCAUUCUAGUACUUAAAACAUUUUUAAAAAAAUGUAAAUCGUUCAAAUUUAUUACUAAAUUUAUCUUCAAUUAAUUGAAAUAUAAGUGAUUAAAAAAAACAACACAGAACUGUAAAGUCGAGUAACUAAACACAUGGAGUCUCAAAGCUAGGUGCAUUAAAUUAUCACGAUAUAAAUGUCUGGUUAGUCUAAUAUAUAACCAAUGUUUGUCCUCUCUGAAAUGCAUUGAAAUAUUACAAUUUCAAAAAAAAAAAAAAUCUUCUAAAAAUUGUUAAAAUAUUCCCAAUUAAAUGAAACCUGUUAUAUUAUGGCUGAAAUAUAAAGACAAUUUCAAUCCUAAAAUGUCAGGUUUAUCCUGAAAUUUUUCAUUGUUAGUUUGUUAGUUUGUUAGUUUGUUAGUUUGUUAGUUUGUUAGUUUGUUUGACCAAAUUGGGCACAGUGAAGAAACGGAAAGACUUUAGAACGCAGAAUCGUUCAUUUCCUUAUACACAAAGACGAAACAAAAGUCUUUUCUUGCUGCAAGAAAUUUCCUAACACUCAACGCUGAACUCAGUCACUAAUACAGAAAUAGCUUCGAGAACUCAACAAUGCAAACAUUGAUAUCAACAACAAUUUUUUUAUGCACUCACCUUUUGAGACCCACCGUCCCAAAUGAUUCGCGGCUAUAAAUAGCCACACCGAGCAACCUUGCCAUCAAAUAACGGUUGUUUAAUUAUAAAAGCCCUGGUCACAAUAAAAUGCAAUCAAUGCCUUCAAUUUCGUAUGAAGUAUCCCAUCAAUAACCUUGGCAGAUUGUUUUUUUUUGUCAUUUCCCUCCCGCUAACGCAAUAUUGUCAGAAGGGUCGUUCCCCCUUAUUGCCGUACCCCACUUGGAAAUCUGAAUUACCUCCCUUAACCGACGUCAACGGUUCGUUUUUUAUAUUUAUGACCGUAUAAAACCGAAGAUUGUGUUGCUGUAUGGGUAGAGACACAGAAUUCAUUGCAAGAUUAUUCCCGUAUUCAUGGGUGUGUUAUUAAUGUGAACAGUAGCAAAUAAACACGACUACUAGUAGGCGCCUAUUACAGAGGUAGAUCAUUACUGAUAAUCUAUAUAUGUCUACUCAUAAGCGUGUACAAUUGAUUAGCUAAAUCGAAAAUAGUUACCAUGGUAAGAGGGUGGGUCUGUGCACAUCCAUUCCAUGUUAUUUUCACCAGCAAGCACCAGGAAAAAAUAUAAUUUUAUUGAUUUGCCAGACAUUUCUAAAAAAAAAGAGAAAUUUUCUCAAUUACUUGACCCAUUUCGUGUGUUUGUUGGUACAAUUCUUCAUCGAUGGUGUAUAAAGGGCGUACAAUUCUUCAUCGAUGGUGUAUAAAGGGCGUACAAUUAUUCAUCGAUGGUGUAUAAAGGGCGUACAAUUCUUCAUCGAUGGUGCAUAAAGGGCGUACAAUUCUUCAUCGAUGGUGUACAAAGGGCGUACAAUUCUUCAUCGAUGGUGUAUAAAGGGCGUACAAUUCUUCAUCGAUGGUGUAUAAAGGGCGUACAAUUCUUCAUCGUUGGUGUAUAAAGGGCGUACAAUUCUUCAUCGAUGGUGUAUAAAGGGGGUACAAUUCUUCAUCGAUGGUGUAUAAAGGGCGUGCAGAUGAUGGAAAUCCGACUCCCCAAAAGGCUGCACCUUUUUUUUUUACGUCAUUUUUUGGCCAAUUGCAGUUAUUGGUUGUUUUUUUCGUAAAAGGAGGCGACAAUAAUCUUGCUCCUCCCCUCCCCACCGGGAGUCACAAACCCUAGCAACACCACAGAGCAGUCUUUACUGUUUGCAUUAAUUCAUAAUCAGAAAGUUGUAAACUCAAACUAUAUAUUUUUCCUCUCUUUAAAAUUUGCUCUGUAUUCUAUUUUGUUGAUCUUACAACUUUUUAGAAUUAGUUCUUUGUUGCAGCCUAAAAGCUUAUAUUGUUUCCAUGAAUGUAAAAUCUCCCCCUUUUCCUGCGCCCCUGCACCACCCCCUGCAUCAUAACCCACUGCACCAGCACCCCCUUGCACCAGCACCCGCCACCACUGCUCCCCAGCACCCCUUGCACCACCAUCCCCUGCACCACCACCCUCUUGCACCAGCACCGCCAGCACCAGUAACCCUUGCACCAGCACCGCACCACCCCCUGCACCACCACCCCUUGCAACAGCACCACCUGUACCAUCACCCAUGCACCAAUCCCAAUGCACCUACCCCCUUGCACACCACUAUUCCUCUCCCCCCCAGCAUCAACCCUUUAAUGGUCAGAAAACUCAUAAAGUCAGCGCCCCCACCAGUCAAAUGCGACCUAUAAAUAAUACUGGCAGAUGUGAAUGGCAUUGUGGGUAAAGAACGAGACUUCCAAUUGGCUCAUGUGUGGUUCUUAUAGAUUUGGUCCUAAGCGCGUUCCUGACUUAUUUACGAAGCAUAGGUAACAUUGACAGCUAAUGUUUACAUAACAUACGUAACAUAGACAUGGUUAACAUUACAACUUUGACGGAAUCAAUAAUGAUAAUUUACCUAUGUCAUCUGAAAACUAAUGACGUCAGUGAAUAGUGACAACCUUGUAAGACAUGACGUGAAUGUAAAAAAAAAAAAAAACACAGGGACCCCUGUUUCCAAUGUCGCUUACAUUAUUAGAUCUAUUUAUUAUGUAUGUACCACUACUUCGCCCUCUCCCCCCCAACCUCGUCGAUGUUUGACGGUAAUUUAAACAAUAAAGUUGACAAUUUUUUUGAAUUUAAAAAAAAAAAAACUUUUUUCAACUUGAAGUUACAGUUACAGAAGCAGUUACAGAAAAAGAAAACAGCUUUAAAACGCAAUGAGUUAUUUAUAAUCAUUUUAUUACUUAAAAUCGUUUUAAGAAAAUCUUCGUAAAAUAUUUUACAAAUGGUGUUUUAAUAUUUAACCAAAAAAAAAAAAAAAAUCAGAUGGUGUAUUUUUUCUUCUUCAAUUAUGUGAAUAAUUGUCUUUUUUUUUUUUUUUUUUUUUUUUUUUUUUUUUUUUUUUUUUUAAAUACCUUGUGCACAUGCUAAAUCUGUUCCAAUGUGCACAAUAACUGGCUGCCGUGUGGUAUAAUAAUUGACCCACACUGUUCAUGAUUUGCAAUGUAAGGGCAGUUACUGCAUCUGUUGGGGAAUUAACUCUAUUCAAUAUCGUAUAUCAAUCCCACAGAAUUACCUUACUUGUGUGGAGGAAACAGCCGCACACAAUAAAGAAGGGUACAUGGGAAAAUAAAGAUUCCAAAUAGCUACUUCCUACAUCUAAGACUUGGACUUUGUUUAAGCACAAAUUACGUUCUAACGGUUACCAGAAAAUCAAAGGAAAUGAAUUGUUUUAGCUUUUUUUUUUUUUUUUGAGGAUUGUUAUUCAUGGCGAUUUUUUUUAACGUUAUCAGUUUAAGUCAUUUAUCGAUCAGUUUGUUAACCUCCCGUUAAAAUAAACCUUCUUCUGGUUGAUGACGUAUGCACAUUGUUAAUUAUUUGUUUCAUGCGCGUUUUUUUUUAGGGGUGGGGGUGGGGUGGGGAUUGGGGGUGGGGUGGGGAUGGGGGGUGAGGGUGGUUAUGUUUUGUACAAGAGGGUUUGUUUCGUUAGCUUGUUUUGGUGUCCUGAUUGAAUCGAGGAACUUUAUUUCCAUGUGUUUGUUUAAUACACAUGUCUGUUUGUAUUGAAUGUUGACGCAGGUCGUUGUUGUUAUCACGACGUAGCUGUUAUAGAAUGGCAGUACGGUGUACCAAGUAGGUAAAAAAAAAUUAUUUCAUGGACAUUUAAAAAAAAAAGGAUUAUCAUAACGUCGUACGCAUUGAGCUAUUAAUUAGAGUCUAUAGACAACUUUUGAGCAUUGUAAGAAUGACAUAGCAGCACCUGUGACAUAGCAGCUCCCUAUGACAUAGCAGCACCCAUAUGACAUAGCAUCAUCUGUAUGACAUUGAAGCACCCGUAUGACUUAGCAGCACCCGCAUGACAACUUUUGAGCAUUGUUAGAAUGACAUAGCAGCACCUGUGACAUAGCAGCUCCCGUAUGACAUAGCAGCACGCGUGACAUAGCAGCUCCCGUAUGACAUAGCAGCACCCAUAUGAACUAGCAUCACCUGUAUGACAUUGAAGCACCCGUAUGACUUAGCUGCACCCGUAUGACAUUGAAGCACCCAUAUGACUUAGCAGCACCCAUAUGACAUAGCAUCACCCGUAUGAAAUUGGAGCACCCGUAUGACAUAGCAGCACCCGUAUGACAUUGAAGCACCCGUAUGACAUUGAAGCACCUGUAUGACAUAGCAGCACCCACAUGACAUAGCAUCACCCGUAUGACAUAGAAGCACCUGUAUGACAUAGCAGCACCCACAUGACAUUGAAGCACCCGUAUGACAUAGAAGCACCCAUAUGACAUUGAAGCACCCGUAUGACAUAGAAGCACAUGUAUGACUUAGCAUCACCUGUAUGACAUAACAUCACCCGUAUGACAUUGAAGCACCCGCAUGACAUUGAAGCACCCGUAUGACAUAGAAGCACCCGUAUGACUUAGCAUCACCUGUAUGACAUAACAUCACCCGUAUGACAUUGAAGCACCCGUAUGACAUUGAAGCACCCGUAUGACAUAGAAGCACAUUUAUGACUUAGCAUCACCUGUAUGACAUAACAUCACCCGUAUGACAUUGAAGCACCCGUAUGACAUAGAAGCACCCACAUGACAUUGAAGCACCCGUAUGACAUUGAAGCACCCGUAUGACAUUGAAGCACCAGUAUGACAUCGAAGCACAUUUAUGACUUUGAAUCACCUGUAUGACAUAACAUCACCCGUAUGACAUUGAAGCACCCGUAUGACAUAGAAGCACCCAUAUGACAUUGAAGCACCCGUAUGACAUUGAAGCACCCGUAUGACAUUGAAGCACCCGUAUGACAUUGAAGCACCCGUAUGACAUAGCAUCACCCGAAUGACAUUGAAGCACCCGUAUGACAUAGAAGCACCCGUAUUUUAAAGUCUUAUUUGAAGUGAAAUUAACCGGCUGAUUACCGACUGGUGUCAUUGGUGUGACGGACUCUUGAGAUGUAUCGCAAAACGUAUGUCGUCACAAGCUGGUUUUUUUGUUUUGUUUUUUUAGCUUGCACCUGAUUUCGAAGAAGUUCUUUAAACGACGGGUUAGGGGGGGGGUGUCUGAGGGGGGGGGGGGGUUCUUCUGACCAAAGGCCUGCACGUUGCUCUUUCAUGCUUGACACAGUCAAGGAAAAGCUUGCGGUUAUUAGCUUAUAGCUCCACGUCACUGCCCAAGUUGAGCCAUUUCGGUGUAUGACGUGACGGGCAUUCAUAUGUUUUCAUUUGACGUUUUAUUUCUCACCGUGGUCGUCACGUCAUGAGAACAAAAAAGCACCGAGAAUCACGUGCACUGUCACGUGGGUCUUCUUCAGGCUUUUCAAAUACGGCUAUUUAAAAAAAAAAAUGUAUUUUUGUUACAGUCUCCCGUUUGCCCUGGCAGGGGCUUGUUAGUUAAUCUUUCUGUGUAUACCAAGUUGAGUCUUGUGUUGAGUCAACCACUUCACACACAAACUGUUGGGGGGGAGGGGGGGUGGAAUGAUAUUAGGUACACAGUUUACCCUAGUUCACAAUGUCGAUCAAUCAAAUUGUGUCGGUUCUUCCAUAAUUCCUUUAUUGAAAAAUAUAUGUACCAACUUAAGACUUUCAAAGAUUUUAUUUGAAAUUAAGGAGAAGGGUUUGGGGGUGGGGGUAGGGGGCAGGGGGAGGCUUUAGGGGAUGUAACUGAAAUGUAAAAAAAAAUAAUUCUUCUUUACAAUGAAAAUUUAAAAAAAAGGAAAAUUAAUUUUCCAACUUAAAUCAAGUUUUUUUUUGAAGUAUUCGAUUUCAUCUAAGUGCCUAUGGCAGUGGUUCUCAACUUCCUAAGGCAUCAACCCUUCAAGACAGUUCUUCAUGUUGUUGUGACCCCUCCCCCCCUCCUUUCAAGCAUACAAUUAUUCACGUUGCUACUUUAUAAAUAUCUGUUUUCCCAUUGUAUUAGGUGACCCCUGUAUAAGGGUCGUUCGACCCCCAAAGAGUUCGCGACUCACAUGUUGACACCUGGUCAUCUAUGGGGAUUUAACAAUUUUCAAAGAAUGAUAUAUGGAUAAAAGUAAAAAAAAGCUCUAAAACUUAAUACUUUUUUUUUUUCGGUUUAACUUCCGUUCAAAAAUUGACACUAUUUAAAACACAAAGGUCAUCCGAUGAUCGUCAUAUCCGGAUUACGUAUUAAUCAUUGUAAAAAAAUCUCUCUAUACAAACUUCUGCCUUGACCCCUGACAUACCGACCUCCUCCUCCGUCUUCUCUUUUUCUUGCCGCCCCAGGGUGCAUUGCCGAACGUUUGAGAGGGCGGUAACACCACGACGAGAUAACUCCGAAGUUGACACAAGUAAGCAUUACCUCCCCUUUUCCUCCACACGACAACGCUCUCUGACACCGGUUACUUCUGUCUUCCAUAAACCUUGCCCCACCCCCCUAACUACCUCCCCUCCUUACCAACCCCAUAACUCAAAAGAAGAGGAAAAAAUAAAAAGUAAAGUGACAGUCGCAUAAAUAAAAAAUAAAGUGACAGUCGCAUAAAUAAAAAGUAAAGUGACAGUCGCAUAAAUAAAUAGUAAAGUGACAGUCGCAUAAAUAAAAAGUAAAGUGACAGUCGCAUAAAUAAAUAGUAAAGUGACAGUCGCAUAAAUAAAUAGUAAAGUGACAGUCGCAUAAAUAAAAAGUAAAGUGACAGUCGCAUAAAUAAAUAGUAAAGUGACAGUCGCAUAAAUAAAAAAUGAAGUGACAGUCGCAUAAAUAAAUAGUAAAGUGACAGUCGCAUAAAUAAAAAAUGAAGUGACAGUCGCAUAAAUAAAAAGUAAAGUGACAGUCGCAUAAAUAAAUAAACAAUCCUCUUCCAAUCGUCACUAUGCACAGGAAAUGUUCCAGCAGACUGGAGAACAGCGCAUGUCACUCCAAUUUACAAGAAAGGGGAGCAUUCCGACCCUGCCAACUAUCGUCCGAUAUCCCUCACUAGCGUCGUCUGCAAAUUGUUGGAGCACAUAAUCGUAAGCUCUGUCAUGAAGCAUCUUGAAAGCAAAAAUAUACUCAAUGACUGUCAACAUGGCUUCCGAGUCAAUAGGUCAUGUGAGACCCAGCUUCUCGAAUUUGUAGAAGACUUGAUGACCAAUCUGGAGAACCACAAGCAGACUGACGUGCUAGUAAUGGACUUCGCAAAAGCAUUUGACCGGGUGAAUCAUAGUUUGCUUCUACACAAACUCCAGAUAUAUGGGAUUCAAGGCACCACUAAAACAUGGAUCUCUAGCUUCCUCAGCCACCGACGCCAAGCAGUAGUGGUGGGCGGUACAAGCUCCUCCUUUGUCAAUGUGAAGUCAGGGGUCCCCCAGGGAUCAGUCCUGGGCCCCUGUUUGUUCCUAGCAUACAUUAAUGACCUACCGGAGAAACUGACAUCACAGGCAAGACUGUUUGCAGAUGACACAGCAGUGUAUAGGACGAUCGCCAACAGAUCUGACCAGGACCAGCUACAACAGGAUCUCAAUCUGUUAGCUGAGUGGGAGAUGAGCUGGGACAUGGAAUUUCACCCUGCCAAGUGCCAGACACUAUCAAUCUCUAGAAGUUGUACUCCUCUACACUACCAAUACAAACUGCACGGCCAUAUUCUUGAGCAAGUUUCCUCCGUAAAGUACCUGGGUGUUACCAUUCAAAGAGAGGUCCGCUGGGACGAGCAUAUUAACAAUGUAUGUAACCAAGCAAACCAAGCCUUGGGGUUCUUAAGGCGAAAUCUAAAGAUUGGCAACUCCUGUGUGAAAGAAAGAGCAUAUAAAGCCUUUAUCCGUCCGAUUUUAGAUUAUGCAUCUUCAGUCUGGGACCCAUUUACCCAGAAGAGCAUUGACAGGUUGGAGGCGGUCCAGCGACGAGCAGCACGCUUUGUCCUAAACCGCUACAGGAAUACCUCUAGUGUUGGCAGCAUGCUAGAAACACUAGGCUGGUCACCAUUGGAGAAACGACGACGACAAUCCAGGCUCUCCAUGAUGUACAAGAUAAAUAAUGGGCUGGUCCACUGUUCCAGUAUUAAACAGAAACUCGUCCCUCUCCCCCAUAGACAGCGACGAGGCCAUGACAGGCAAUUCAGGCUCAUACCAGCAAGAAGCCAGUAUAGGAGCUGCUCAUUCCUGCCCAAGACAAUCAGGGACUGGAACCAUCUUCUUCUUCUUCUUAUAUUUGAGGUGCCCACGAUCAAUUUGUUGAUCAUUCUGGCUCCUGGUUUAAACUCAGAGUUUGCCUUCUCUUAGACAGGUUGCCGUCCAAGGCUAACGAGUCCCAUCCACCCGGGUUGCUUGGGAAUGGCUUUGGUGGGGAUUGAACUCCAGACCACCAGCUAUUUCGUUUGAGACAGUUUAGACCGCUCGGCCACCCAGCUAUCUUUCAAAAGGAACAGUUGAGGCGACAACACUAGACACAUUUGUGUCUAUUGCCUCAAGCCUUCAAACCCCUAGUGCAUAAUUUUCUCAUCACCACCAGUAACAGAAACAUUGCAAAUCCCAUCUACAUGCAUAGGAGCCAAAAUGAUCAAUAAAUUCUUCUUCUUCUCUUCUUCUUCUAUAUCUUAAGGGCCCACGAUCAAUUUAUUGAUCAUUUUGGCUCCUAUGCAUGUAGAUGGGAUUUGCAAUGUUUCUGUUCCUGGUGUUGAUGAGGAAAUUUCACAGAUUUCCAGUGCCACUUUGUGAGGGAAUCAUGCACUGGGGGUUUGAAGGCUUGAAAUUGAUCGUGGGCCCUUAAGAUAUAGAAGAAGAAGAAGAAAUAGUAAAGUGACAGUCGUAUAAAAUAAAUAGCACAGUAACAGUCGCAUAAAGAAAUAGUAUAGUGACAUUCGCAUAAAUAAAUAGCACAGUAACAGUCGCAUAAAGAAAUAGUAUAGUGACAAUCGCAUAAAUAAAUAGUAAAGUGACAUUCGCAUAAAUAAAUAGUAAAGUGACAUUCGCAUAAAUAAAUAGCACAGUAACAGUCGCAUAAAGAAAUAGUAUAGUGACAGUCGCAUAAAGAAAUAGUAUAGUGACAGUCGCAUAAAUAAAUAGUAUAGUGACAGUCGCAUAAAUAAAUAGUAUAGGGAUAGUCAAAUAAAUAAAUAGUAUAGUGAUCAUGAUUUUAUUUCCAAGAUAAUACAUAUUCCUGACGUUGAUCUGUGAUUUCAGUUCUAUUGUUACUUCUUAAUCUAUUUUCAUUUGCCCUUUUUAUUCUGGAUAUGAAAAUUCAAAAUUGAAAAGUGAUCACGAUUUGAAAUAUUCACAUGCAAUCAAUAAAGUGUUAUUAAACUGCAUACUUUUAAAAGGUGUUGACCCUUCUGUAUUCAUGUGUCCGUCAAAAUUGAAAAGGCGUUCCUUUUUAGAAUGUAGAAGAUUAGUUUUAACGGCUGUUCGAUUCACCAACAGCUUAGAGCACGCUCCUCGAUACAGACAAAUGUGACCCCCCCAACCCCCCCCCCCCACACGCACACACCAUUUGGCGAAUGGACCUGUCGGCAAUGUUCAGAAAUGAUCGUUAAAUAACAGUGUUCUUCACAAUUAUAGAGUCAAUAUACCCCCCCCACCCCCCCCCCCCCACACGCACACACCAUUUGGCGAAUGGACCUGUCGGCAAUGUUCAGAAAUGAUCGUUAAAUAACAGUGUUCUUCACAAUUAUAGAGUCAAUAUCAUUAUCGUAAAAUUCCAUGUGUCUAUGUUGUGUGUUGCGUGCUGUUCCAUAACUGAUAGAAACCCAACAAGUCAGUUUGAUGACAACCUGACAGUGGUUAGUGAGAUUGUCAACAAGCAGUAGUUGUUUAGUUUAGGGAUAUGAAUGUAGAGUACUAAAUGGUGAGAAUAAAAGACAAAAGGGCGUCUAACUCCUCACCUAAUUGGUGAAAGCCACCCCCCCCCUCUCAGCCCCCAUCGCCAGGUCUUGGACUUGGUAAAUUAUGUGUUUGAGUCAUGCCCGUCAAGGCAUUGAUCUUUAACUCAAGGGUUCCCUGUGAAUACGAGAAUUUACAGAUGAUAUUUACAUGAUAGACAAACUUUUUAUGGAGCUUUGCGACCGUGAGGCUUCGCUCGACUCUUUUUUUAGACCUGGUUUAAAUAUCACAUCUAAUUUCAUUGAAUCUCAAGGGAGCUCUAAGUAAUCGAUUACGGUAUUGAGGUAUAUCGAUUUUUUUUUCGUUGAAUAAAGUUUACAGCUUUCAAGAUUAAAGUAAAUAAUUAGCAGUCAACAUGGAAUUAAUUUGCAUUUAAUAUCGAGGUCUCAUGACCCCAUCUAUAUAUUCACAACAUUGAUUUAUGGUGAUUAAGCUACAGCAGCGUUUCCCAAACUUUUAAGUUUCACGGACCGGUGGACUAGUUUUGAAACUGCACCAGGGACCGGUGCCAGAUUGAUUAAUUACAUUUUCUUUCUAUUUAAACAUCAAUAUUCAUGCUCUCUGGACCGGUAACGUAAGGCUCACGGACCGGUGCCGGUCCACGGACCACCGUUUGGGGAACGCUGAUCCACAGGACUUAGGAGAAUGGGUCUCAAACCGUAACAAGUCUGUAAACAAGUUAAGAUAAGUUAAGAUGAUUUUAUUAAUUCAAAUAAGUGGCUAUAAUGGAAUGGUUAGAAACAAGAUGUUAAAACCACACGACUUCCCUGCUCGGUAAACACAAUCUAAAACAGUCAAAGAUGUCCCCUUCAAAUACGUAGCCAGCAACACCAAGCGUGGAGUGAUAUUUUAAUUGAACUCUGCCGCCCUUUAGACUCCAGUUCUUACCGUUUAUUCUAAUGCCUAUUUCCCUUUAGUUCCACAGAGUCAUCCGUGAAGAGAAAAGCAGAAAAGAAAAGGCUCGGAAAAAAACAAACAUUUAAUAAAAAAAAAAAAAAGAUUUUUUAUUACUUUACUGAUAUUAAUUGCUUGAUAAAUGUGGAUUUAAUUUAUUCUUCAAAUUCAUUCUUUAUUUAAUAUUGUUUCAGUAGCAUUGUAAUAUGUGUGUAUGUGUGUGUGUGUGAGAGUGUGAGUGUGAGUUUGUAUGUGUCUUUGUUUAUAUAACAUAUGUGUGUGUGGACUUGAAUGAUAAUGAGGGUGUUUAACUUUUUUUACUAUGAAAAGGUACAUACAUUUACCACAAUGUAAUUUAGGGUAUUUAAUUUUACUACAAUAUAAUUGGUGGUAUUUAACUAAACCACAUUGUAAGGAUAUUUAACGUCAUAUAUAUAGCAACCUUCCGUCUUCGCGAAACGAUGGAGUUGUUAUGCACACUUGAACGAAUGGCUCACUCGGCCAAUUUGUGCAUGGCAAUCUCGACUGCAUUUCUCGCAGGAUAAUUUUGAAUCAUGGUUAGAUGUGUCCUUCGGUAAUGCUCUAUUGUUGCGAGGUCUUGGCUUCGCGCAUCUCCUGCCCUUUUGACUCCUUCAUACACAGCUGGAACGUUGUUCAGCAAUGAUUUCCCAUUUGUUGAUUUCAAUGUUGGCUUCCCUUAUGUUCCUUUUGCAAACGCCCAUAAAUCUCCGUCCAAUAAGUCUUGUCCCUGCUGCCCACUCUCCACACAGAAGCUUCUUUGGAAUACGGCCUUCUUUCAUUCUCCUUACAUGGCCUAACCAGCGGAGGCGCCUCUUGCUAAGAGCGUAGAAUAUACUACACAUUUUUGCACGUUCCAAGACCUCCGUGUUAGGCGCCUUUUCCUGCCAUCGAAUGCGUAAAAUGCGACGCAGACAUCUUUGAUCGAAGCUCUUGAGUUUCCGCACAUGACUGGUAUAUGUGGUCCACACUUCACUGCUAUAUAGAAGCGUACUAAGCACACAUGCCUGAUAGACACUUAUUUUUGUUUUAUCAGUUAGAGUGAGAUUAUUUCCCAAGCGCUUAUUCAGUUCAGAGUUGCUGCUACUUUUGCGAUCUUGAUGUUUACCUCUUCGUCAACGUAGAGAGAGAGAUCAAGAAAUAUUGGAUCAAAGGUAUGGGAAACGCUCAACAAUCGAAAGAUUAUGGCCUUCAGUAGAUAUAAUUGGAGGGGACGGUGCUUCUUGCAUCAUGGCAUUUUUUUUCUGUAGACUAAUUGCCAGUCCAAACUAUUUACAAGCGUGUGGUAGACGAUUAACUAACCGCUGAAGACCUUCUUCUGUGUGAGAUGCUAAGGCGGCAUCGUCAGCGAACACCAGUUCACGAAUUAGCAGCUUUUUUUUUACCUCGAUCUUAGCACGAAUGUGUGCGAUAUUGAACAGUCUACCAUCAGAUCGGGUAUGUAUGUACACUCCAUCUUCACAGUCCCUGAAGGCAAAUUAAAGGAUCAUCGAGAAGACAAUGGAGAAGAACGUUGGUGCUAGUACACUACCCUGUUUUACUCCCCACUGACUGGCAAUGUUUCAGAGACCGCGCCAUUGAAGGUUUCUGUGCUGUGCAUGUUUUUGUGAAAUGAAUGUAUGAUUGUGAGCAGUCGUGGUGGGACAACCUAUUCUAUGCAAGAUACUGAACAGGCCUCUCCGACUUAACAAGUUGAAUGCCUUUGUCAGAUCUAUGAAAGCAAUAUAAUGAAGCGUAUGUUGUUCACGACACUUCUCCUGUAGUUGGCGUAAUGAUAAUGUAUUAUAUCUAUAACUGAACGCCCACUCCGGAAGCCAAACUGGGGCUCUGGGUAGAUGCGGUUCGCCAGACUCUGCAAUCGUUUAAGGGCAACACGGGGAGACGUCUUUCCAACUACGCCAAGGAGCGUAAUUCCUCGUUAGUCAUUACAAUCACUUCGGUCCCCUUUAUUUUUGUACAAUGUUACGAUGUUGGUGUCUCUCGUGUCCUGGGGCAAGUGACCUGCUUCCCAACACAAACAUUGGAGCUUAUGUAAGGGCUCAAGUAGUGUAGUUUUUUGUUCUCUCCAUUUUUGAGGACUUCCAGGGGACUGUCGUCAAUCCCUAGUGCCUUCCCAUCUGCAAGGUAAUCAACCAAUUUUUCGAUCUCCUGCAAAGUUGGCUCUUUAUCUAGUUCUUCCAUUAUUGACAAGACAGGAAUAUUAUUCAGAGCAGUCUCAGUGAUUCCAUUCAUUGUUGAGUAUAGUCCAAGAUAAUGCUCAACACAACGCCGGUGUUGAACGUUUGUGUUCGUAAUAAGUUGACCUGUCUUGGACUUGAGUGGUGCUAUUUAUGACUUUAACUUCAACACAAUGUAAUUUAGGAUAUUUAACUUUAUCACAAUGUAAUUUAGGAUAUUUAACUUAUCACAAUGUAGUUUAGAGUAGUUAACUUUACCACCAUGUAAUUUAGGGCAAUUUACUUGGCCACAAUGUAAUUUAGGGUACUUAACUUUACGGCAAUAAAAUUUAGGAUAUUUAACAUAACCUCCAUGUUAGGGUAUUUAACGUUACCACAAUUUAAUUUAGGGUACUCAACUUUAACACAAUUUAAUUUAAAGUAUUUAACUAUAACGCUGUUUUUAAAAAAAUAAAAAUAUUAAAAUUUUUGUUUUCAAAUAUUGCCCAUAGAAAAUAAUUCCUGGUUAUAGCAUAUAAAACAAUCAAUGUCUAUGUCAAAGAAAGCAAUCCCUAUUAUUUUUUGCUGGCAUCCGUCCGUCACAAUGAACUUCGCGUCGCAUGAGUGUCGGAAUGUUAUCAGCCUUACGGGACUCCACAUGCUGGUUUGAAUUCAGAGUUUCCUUCGCUUAGAUGAGUAGCCAUCCAGUGUUAACGAGUCCCGUCCACCCGGGGUGCUGGUGAUGUUUUUUUGCAUGACUGGGCUCUGGUGGGGAUUGAACUCCCAGACUAUCAACUUGAGAACUGCCCACCCAGGACCCCUAUUAAUGGCAUAGAAAACAAUUCCUUUUUAUGGCAUUAAAAAACAAUCCCUUGUAACUACGCGUAAUCAGUCUAAUAUUCGCCCACAACAAAUCCAUCCCCCGUUGCUCUGCACAUCUCCAGCAACGCUACGAUCGUCUUGAAGACCUCACAGAUUAAAUCACUAUAAACUUUAAAAAGCUGAUGUUUCCUCUCCCCGUUCUUCCACUACAGACAGCAAGGAGUCAAAUAUAAAUCUUUGUAAAAACUAUUUUGCCUUUCAUGUUCCUCCUUUAUGAAAGUGCAUAAAUAAUAUGGCUAUACAAAUACAGCCAAGAAUUUUUCAAUGGACCUUUCCCCAUUGACAACAAUGCCGCCCUGACUUCUCUACCAAUAAAAAAACCUGGGCACUGCUAGUGAAAUUCAAUGGGGGGGGGGGUGGGUGUUAGUAUUAGAUCUGGGUGAAAAUCGAUAUUAUUUAUUGAUUUCUUAAAAUAAAAAGAAUCUCGAGUGGUUGAUCUUUUCGGUGUUAUUCUUUGAAAGACUUAAAGAGUGUUUUGUUAGUUUGUACAUUUCUGUUUGUUGAAUUCGAGUUUUUAAGUUGACUUAAGCAAAAGUAGCUUUGGGCGAUUCCAAAAGGAAUUUUUUUUUAAAAUUCCUCCAGCUCAACUAUGACUUUAGAUUUGAUGUGUCCUAAGAACACAUGUGUUGUUUUUGAGUGUCAAACACAGAAAAGAGGUUAUGAAUGCCACGGAGAAAUUAGAGUCUUGUGCGCCCGGGGCGGUCCAGGACUUUUCCGCCCUCGCUCACAAAAACUACGCAGAAAACGAACAAUGAAAACAUGAGAAGUGAAACAUAUAUACAACAACAUAAUGUUACCGUAUCCUCCAAUCCCCACCCGCUAGUUGUCGCCCUUUGCGGACCACCCCUCUCCCCACGCCUGGGGUAGGGUACUCUGAUUACCUCUUCCCACGCGAGGGGUAGGGUACUCUGAUUAACUCUUCCCACGCCAGGGGUAGGGUACUCUGAUUACCUCUUCCCACGCCAGGGGUAGGGUUCUCUGAUUAACUCUUCCUACGCCAGGGAUAGAGUGCCCCGAUUACCUCUUCCUACGCCAGGGGUAGAGUGCCCUGAUUAACUCUCCCUACGCCAGGGGUAGAGUGCCCUGAUUAACUCUUCCUACGCCAGGGGUAGAGUGCCCUGAUUAACUCUUCCUACGCCAGGGGUAGAGUGCCCUGAUUAACUCUUCCUACGCCAGGGGUAGAGUGCCCUGAUUAACUCUUCCUACGCCAGGGGUAGAGUGCCCUGAUUAACUCUUCCUACGCCAGGGGUAGAGUGCCCUGAUUAACUCUUCCUACGCCAGGGGUAGAGUGCCCUGAUUAACUCUUCCUACGCCAGGGGUAGAGUGCCCUGAUUAACUCUUCCUACGCCAGGGGUAGAGUGCCCUGAUUAACUCUUCCUACGCCAGGGGUAGAGUGCCCUGAUUAACUCUUCCUACGCCAGGGGUAGAGUGCCCUGAUUAACUCUUCCUACGCCAGGGGUAGAGUGCCCUGAUUAACUCUUCCUACGCCAGGGGUAGAGUGCCCUGAUUAACUCUUCCUACGCCAGGGGUAGAGUGCCCUGAUUAACUCUUCCUACGCCAGAGGUAGAGUGCCCUGAUUAACUCUUCCUACGCCAGGGGUAGAGUGCCCUGAUUACCUCUUCCUACGCCAGGGGUAGAGUGCCCUGAUUAACUCUUCCUACGCCAGGGGUAGAGUGCCCUGAUUAACUCUUCCUGCACCAGGAGGGGUAGAGUGCCCUGAUAACCAAUGUCAAGGAAUUGCUUGGUUGCAGGAUUAGAUCCCCCCCCCCCACUUCACGUGUUGUGCCACAUUCACGACCAGGUUUCUACUAAACGAGUUUAAACCCUCGCACUCGUGACGUCACAAUUGUAUUGUGACUAUUUGAGUCACUGAGAUUACACAAUGAAAUCAGUUUGUCUGUGUUGCGUCCCAGCCAGAAAAAAAUUAGUCUAAAACUAACUCUGCAAAAAAGAGUUUACAAAGUUAAAUCGCAGUGGAAAAUGUGGAUAUUUAUAGUUAAGGUCCAAUAUUAAAGGCUCUAAUAGUAAAGUUUCCAAUAGUCAAAGGCUACAAUUGUAAAUUUCCAAUAGCGAAGGUUUCAAUAGUGAAGGUUCCAACAGUGAAUGUUACAAUAGCGAAGGUUCCGAAAGCGAAGGUUCCAAUAGUGUCGUUUCCAAUAGUGAAUGUUCCAAUAGUCAAUAGUGAAUGUUCCAAUAAUAAAGUUUUCAAGAAUGAACUUAAAAAUUACAACGAAAAAUAAUAAUAAUAAUAAUAAAAUAUGUGUGAAUUUAGUUGGGUUGCUUAAGUCUAAACAACACAUCGCAUCAGAUAACAUUUUAUUGGAUGAAGAACAUUAUCAUCAUCAUCAGCAGUGGCACUACAGCCCAUGUAGGGCCCUGGCCUGUUCCACCAAUCCUUCCACUUGGAGCGAUCCAUGGCUUUCCGUCGCCAUGCUCGAACCCCCAACUGGUGUAAAUCUGUCUCCACAUCAUCAAUCCACCUCAUCCUUGGGCGACCGAUGAGUCGUCUGCCCCUAGGCUUCUGCCUGUAUAUAACUUUGGCUGCUCUGCAUUCUAGCAUCUUUUCAACAUAACUUGCCCAGCGUAGUCUGCCUUUUUUUAUCAUGGUGACUAUGUGUGGUUCUUUGUACAAAUAGUAAAGUUCUUGGUUUGUACGUAUUCUCCAGAUAUCAUUUUCUAUCACUGGUCCGUAUAUUUUGGGGAGGAUUUUUCUCUCCUAUGUGUUGAGCAGGUUGUCUGCUUUUCUGAUGAGGGUCCAGGUCUCACUAGUGUACGUUACUACAGGUCUUAUGAUGGUGGUGUAUAUUGUCUUCUUUGUUCCCCUGGAGAGGUUUUUGUUUCCCAGUAGCUUUUGUAUGCUGAAAUAGGAACGGUUGCCUGCUGUUAUCCUUUCUUUCACCUCUGACAUUAUCUCAUUGUGCUCAUUUAUAGUUGCCCCUAGAUAUUUGAAUGUGGCCACUCUCUCAAAUUUGUGGUUAUUUAUAUUGAUAUUAUUAUCAGCAUGGGAGUUUCUUGACAUUAUCAUAUAUUUUGUCUUCGGUUCAUUUAUAUAAAGGCCAGCUUUGACUGAGGCAUUUUCAAGUUCCCUGAAUGCUUUAAUUAUGUCAUUACGGUUUCUACCCAGUAGUGCUGUGUCAUCUGCAUAUGACAUGUACUGCAAUGGUUGGCUAUAUAAGGUUCCUGAUGGUCGUUGUUCUGUAGUAUCUCUCUGGAAAUAGUUUGUUAUGGUUUCACUGGUGCUAACGUGUAUGCUUCUUAUAAUUUUUUUCUAGCGUGAUGUUAAACAGGAUACAUGAUAGUGAGUCUCCUUGUCUGAGGCCCCGAUUAACUAUGAACUCCCUAGAGUAUUCUCCCUGGAUGAAGAACAGUUUCGUAAAGUUGUAGGAUUUUUUUUUUUUCAUUUUGGUAUCUCAUUAUUUUGUAUUUUCUAAAAAAUAGAUACACAUAUACUUGGCAUUGCUAUGUAUGCACAAUGAUUUGUAAUCUCAGACAUGUAUGAACUUUUUCAAAGCAGAGCCUUACAUUCCACCGCCAUGUCCACUUUGAACGCCAAAGAAACAACAAAACCUGAUCUCAUCUGUCAGUGUCAGAUUGUCUGAUUGUCGCCCUUGUUUACCCUUAAGCAGGCCGUGUUGAAAAGAUUAGCUCAGAUAUUAUAUUCAAUCUGUUUAUGAAGAAUAAAAAUACACACGGGUUUGGGAAGGGGGGGGGUGGGGGGGUGGGGGUGAAGUGAAGAGGGGAAAGAAUUUUUCCAAUUUGUUAUGCAAAUGUCUCUUUACCGUGACAGGAAAAUAUCGAUUUCAAAAAAGUUCAAUUUGUUGAAUAGAAAGCUAUUGCUUAGGUAAGGUUGUCAUACAAAUAUAAAAAAGAAACGAAAAUAAUCUUGAUGUUCCUUCAAUUUUUCAGGUCAAAGAACUGGGAAUAUGCAUGAAUUUGUCAUUAUCUGCAUGUCGUCGAAACAGACUUUUAAAAUGCAACCAAUAAAUUUAUACUGAUAUCCAUGUCUCUAUGCCACUAAGUGUGAGACAGUCAGUUUUGUAACCUAGCCAUUUUUAGAGUUAUAAAAGGAUGGAUAGAACAGAUAUCCAUGUCUCUAUGCCACUAAGUGUGAGACAGUCAGUUUUGUAACCUAGCCAUUUUUAGAGUUAUAAAAUGGUGGAUAGAAUAGAUAUCCAUGUCUCUAUGCCACUAAAUGUGAGACACUCACCUUUGUAGCCUAGCCAUUUUUAGAGUUAUAAAAGGAUGGAUAGAAUAGAUAUCCACGUCUCAAUGAGGCGCUAUGCCACUUUAGUGUGAGACAGUCACUUUUGUGACCUAGCCAUUUUUAGAGUUAUAAAAGGAUGGAUAGAAUAGAUAUCCACGUCUCAAUGAGGCGCUAUGCCACUUUAGUGUGAGACAGUCACUUUUGUGACCUAGCCAUUUUUAGAGUUAUGAAAAGAUUGAUAGAACAGUUUUGUUUUCUCUCUUCCUAAGAAUAUCCAUUAAAAAAAAAAAAACGUGUUUACUUUUGCAGUUUGAGCUUAACUAGGAAGAAUGCAGCUCAAUUUCUCUUGCGUGCGUGUGUGUGUGUGUGUGUGUAUUGUCAGCCAUUUUCAAUUCAGCUUCAUCAUGGCCGCUGUCCUACGCCUCGCUGUCCUACGCCUGCAGCGGUUUAUAGUUCUACAUGGAAUAAUGAACUGAAUUCUGAGUUGUGAUUUAUUUAUUGUUUCUUUCAAAAGAAGAGUCACCAAAAAGCAAGGCCGUUGACCUUAGGUUAUAAUAUCGUAUCCAGCAUCGCAUCCCUCAGUUGCCUAGGUGUCACCAUCGAUACUAAGGUGGUCAGUGAUUGCUGCCCAAAUUUUACUACUUAAAAUGCUAUUUAUCAUUUAACUAUGAUAUAUAUUAGGGUAUAUUUAGCUAUGCUGUAUAUAAAGGUAUAUUUAACAAUGCUGCAUAUAAGGGUAUAUUUAACUAUGCUGCAUAUUGGGUAUAUUUAACUAUGCGUUAUAUAAGGGUGUAAAUAACUUAUUUUUAUAACGAAUAUUAUCUUAUCUCAAUUAUAUAUGAAUAAAAAUAGUCAUACAAUCCGGCCGUUUCAAAUUUAGUAACGCUCUCCCCCCCCCCGCACUUUUUUUUUCAACGGCCCCCCCCCCUUACCUCCGCACCUCUCCUUUUCAAUGUAUUUUCUCCGACUAUUUGGAUCUGAAAUUUUUAUAACGAAUAUUAUCUUAUCUCAAUUAUAUAUAAAUAAAAAUAGUCAUACAACCCGGCCGUUUCAAAUUUAGUAACCCUCCCCCCCCCCCCCCGCACUUUUUUUUUCAACGGCCCCCCCCCCUUACCUCCGCACCUCUCCUUUUCAAUGUAUUUUCUCCGACUAUUUGGAUCUGAAUUAUUGUUACGACAAAUGCUUGCACCAUAAAAGUGUGGACGGAUAAUAAUGAGCCCAGCGAUUGAGUCACAUGCUCCAGGGGUUCUCAAAAAUUAAGGUGUCUUGGGACGUCCCUCAGAUAAUAACCUGCUUGGAGCUUUCUCUGGAAUCAUUAUAAAGGGUUUCUAUUUUUAGCUUUCUUGAAGGCAGGCCAAUUGGUACCCGUGGAAUAAUAUCUGAAGCAAACGUCCACCUCGCGGUCUUUGCGCCCCCAACGUUUGGGAAUCCCUGAACAAAACCAGCCGGGUCAAACUCAAGAGUGACAUAGAGCCAGAGAUAGGAUUACGCACAGUGCCAGAUCUUCUGGUCCAGGAGUGUCUUAGACGUAGUGUACUUUCUGUAGCCUUUAAGUAAACAGAUAGAAGCUACGGGCGCGUAGCUUCCUUUGUGCACCACCAGCGAACGUCCCAAUCGCUAUACACACAACGGUAACCCAGGGUAAAGGGGGAAAUUGAAAGCCAUUACCGGUGCUGGCACUUAUUUUUUUUUUAUAUAUAUCAACGGAUAAUACCCCCGAGACGUCCGCUUUGCCAGGGCGUCAAUCGUCACCAUGGCGACGCAUUGUUUGUGCGGAGACUACACGCUCCACGAGUUUGGUACCAGAUUUUUUAGGAAGCGCUGGUUUGGUUUUGGCAAACGGUUAAGUGUUGUGAUUUGGAGAUAGGAGUGAUUUGCUCAUUUAAAGUCCUGCCUGGCAAUAGGUCACGAUUUCUGUGACAUCAAAAAUUGACAUCCGCCAUAUUGGAUAUAUCUUUGGGCUAUAACGGUCCAUAAAAUAUCGCUGCAAAUACUGAUGCCAUUGUUAAAAGCCAGACUAUAAGGAUACUUUUGUUAAAAUCCUAGUUCCUGUGUGAUGUACUGAUUGUGCAACAUUCGAAACAUUUCUCUUUUUUUGUUGAAAUACACAUAGAGAAGGACAGGCAAAUAAUAUUAAAUGCCAUUUGUCACAAUGGCAGAAGGAUAAAUUGGUGAGGAAACAGUGACAACCUACACACGAAGAAAUUGCAGAUAACUUCAUCAAAUAAAACGGAAAAUAGAACUUAAAUUAAUGUAAGUAUCAGGUCCGGACGUGUUCGAAUUGUUCAAAGUGUUUAUUUGAAGAGUCGAUCACUUUUUUGGUAUUGUGUCAAUUUGUUACAUAAGUCUUAAAGUCACCAUGAAGAAGCAUUUUCCACCCUCAAAUACAGUCAAUGUAUCUACACAAACGUGUCAUUUACAGCAACGUCUUGUAAAGUGUUUUAUGAGGAAAUUAUGCAUGUGGUACCAUUUCAAGACGAAUUAACUUAUCACUGGUUAGUAUCAAUCAAGGUAUCAAUCACUGCAAUGGUUAUUUUAACACUGUUUAGGCUCAUACGCUUGCAUAAAAAAAAGGUUAGGCACAAAAAUAUCAUAAAGUAUCACGUGACAUGUGGUCGAUAUGUUGCUACAAAUAUUUACGACACAGCCGUAAAUCACUGGCUCGUUCUUUCUUCAACUCGCAGCUAUCCAUUUAUGUUUAUAGUCCCAGAUUUUCUCUCGCGUCAGUCUCAACAUCAAACCUGGGGCACGUCGUAAACUCUCUGGGUUUACAACACGUCUGCUCUUGACCUUUGACGAGGGGCAGGCAAUGGACUGACCUUCCACAUCUGUUCCAACAACCUAGGCAUUGUGUUGGUUAGUUGAAGUCAGGCUAGAAUCGUUAGACGGCAUAUAAGCAAGGCAGUUGCCAAGAUUGACAGUGACCGAAAAAACAAAUUGAAUGGCUACCAACCAUAACGACAAUGGUGCUUCAUUACAUUGAACCACGGCUAAAAUCUGUCUACAGUCUGACAAAAACAAGUCUUUUUGAAACAUAGAAUGUUUUAAAAAUCAGAAAGGGUUUUAUUAGAUGGAUGUAUUUCGUAUACAAAUUACCACUUUAAAUAAACGUAGGGGGCUCUAAAUAAGUUCGAUGUCGUACAUUUUUUGUCCAUAUUUUGCGGAAGUGAACUCGGAUGGAGAUUUCAUAUGGAUAUUCACGGAAAUGACGUCAUACGAACAUUAAAGCAGAGUGAUGUCUUUUGGUAAUUUCAAGGAAGUUUUACGGAUAUUUUACGGAUAUUUUACGUGUUAGCUCAUUUAGUGGGAUUUCGAGCGGUGAAAUUUAACCUUAUACCUUUAAUUCUUAAACAAAAUGAUCAUGAUGUUCGCCCCUUCAACAGCAACAUUACUUCCAAACUCCUUUUUUUUUUGUAUUCUAGGAGAAUUUAUCAUCUCAAUUAAUGUAUCCAUAAAAAAUAAUUUAUAUAUUAAAUCAUACUUCAUUUGAUUCAUUAAGAUGCAUGGAAUCUUCCAGGCAUGAUUGUAGAUGGGACACUGGUGAUUUCUUUUUCUUUACACCUACAGUCAUUUUUUUGGUAUUUCUUUUCACCUGAUCAUACUGCAUACAUUAAUGCUAGAGACACGUCUUCUUCUUCUUUAUGUUAUUAUUAGUUAAGGUUCUUUCUAAACCUUCAGUCCGAUGCCAAGCCUGACAUCAUCAAAUAAUCAACUCUGACAUGUUUGUUGAUAAAAUAAAAGAAUGUGUCAUAUCUCAACACGUGACUUGAGUUAUAACAACAUAGUGUUUUUAUUGUAUUUUCAGAAACUAGCCAACGAAAGAGACAAGCUACAGAGACCAGAGAGCGAGGCCUGUGAGUACAUUUUUUAGUAUACACAUUAUUACACGUAUAAGUAUGACAUACACGUAAAGAAAGAAGUACUUCAGUACUUAACUACACAUUUAAGUAUGACAAAUAUGUGAAGGUAGAAGUAGAUAUAUAAUUACGUAUAAAUGAGCAUGUCUACGUAUAACAUCAGUUACAAGCAGACACGGACAGUAAAACAGUGUAUAAAUGUACAUAAACUUAGACACUAAGUACACACUUAGUACACAUACCAUAAAUGUACACAUGUAAAUCAAUAACAUGUAAGCACACAAGUAUAUUUGUGUUUGAUUUUACUUAAUGGGGUACUUUUAAUAAUAUAAAAUCGUGCUGAUUUUUGUCUUAUAUCAAUUUUUCUGUUUAAUCGUUUCGAAUGUUCUCUGCUGUAAUUACCUGGGUAAAUGGCGUAAAGGCAUAAUGGAGGUUUUAGUUUAGUUAAGUUGAGUCACAAAUUAAAUUUCAUUAUCGACAGUAAUAGUUCCAGUUGCUUUUCUGUCAUCUCUUCGCUGCUAACCACUCCGCUGGUCCAGAUUCUUUUUAUCUCCCUUUCAAACAAAGUUCCCGGGCUCCACUUAUUAUGUUUAUUACUUCUCUUGUUCGUCCUCCUGUUUUUUUUAACCAUAUAGUUAUUUUUGUUUUCUCCCUUUAAUUCCCCUUGUUUUCCUCAUAAAACCCUUUGUUAUUCUCCAAAAAGCUCCUGGUUAUCCCCCCUUAUGUUCACCUGGUUGUUCCCCUUCUCACUUGCCCGCCCCCCCCUCACCCCUUAUUAGUUCUCUUCAUACGGUCCCAUCCUGUUACUACUAACAUUUAAUACUUAAAUUAACUUAAUGAAUGUCAAACUUCUCUCCCACCAGCGUUACACACACUUCUCUUCCACCGGGCACACACUUUUCUCUGCCACCAUGAACACACACUUGUCUUUCACCAGGCACACACAAUUCUCUGCCACCAUGAACACACACUUCUCUGCCACCAGCCACAAACAAUUCUCUGCCACCAUGAACACACACUUCUCUGCCACCAGCCACAAACAAUUCUCUGCCACCAUGAACACGCUUCUCUGCCACCGGGCACACACACACACUUGAAGUCCUGUCAGCACAUACAGUCCAACACGACCUGCUCAAUGGCUGCCAUUCAAAACACUGCCAGCCGUUGCCUUAGUCUUCUGAAUAAUUAUAACUUUAUUUAUGCGCGCGCACAUAGAUUGUCGAUUAUAGUUUGCUAAUUCAAGUCCCCCCGGGGAGUCGAAUUGAAGUUUGUGGGUGAAUACGGCGUGCAUAUGUAAUCAUGGAAGCUGUAUUGUAGAUGGUCGGCUAAGUCGGACCGUGCAAUAUCAUGAAAUUUAUUUGAAUGUUAAGCUGGUUACUUUUGUGGUACCAAGUGUCUAAGUUCUGGUGCAGAGGCUGUGAACUUUUGAUUACGGAUAGUUGUCUCAAACAUCAAAUAUGAAUCACAUACUGUUACAAAACGAAACAUCUUAUAGCAAAAUUCUUAUGAGCGUGCUGGAAUUACAAAGAACUAAUAUCCUAUACGUAACUUCAAAUGUGUAGUUAAAGAUUUAGUAUAAUGUUACCUUCAUCAGUUCACGGUGACGAUCGUUAGUUUUUAGCAUAAUAGUCCAAUACUGCAAAGCAGUUAGCAUUAACUAUUACCAAUCCGGGCAAAAAAAUUAGUUUAAAACACUGAAAAAAAAUGAUCAUUUAUGAUACAUUAUGAGAACCUCCGAGUAUCAACGUGUUCCCAGACCAAUGGAACGUUGUUUGUCUUGUAUCUGACGUAGACCUGACAUUAAAUCCCUGGAGCUUUAUUAUUCUCACGUACAUAUUCAAUAUCUCAGUUUUCACUCCCCCCCCCCCAAAUCUAUGCUGCACCGGUGAGAAGAAGUGAACUAUGUUGUUUGAAAGAUAUGGUUGUGUAGAGGUGCGAUAAAAACGAAUGCGUCAAAUACAUUUUUAAAAAAUAAAGACAAGUUAUGGCGGUGUUGUCUGAUACAGACUUGUCCAAAACAAACAAGGUGCGUUAGGGGUUAUUACUGAUGCACUGCCUUUUGUGUCCACAGCGUCCAAUGGCUACGAAAGCCAACUCAAGCUUCAGCAGGCUAUGCUGAAGAGACAGGAGCUGCUAGAAAGAAUUAGAGUAAGUGGAGGGGUAUUGUUCAUGUAGAACGUGUUUUAAACCAAAAAUAAUUUACUGGGAGCCUGAGCUUUUAAAAAUGCUUUUUUAAAAAAACGUAGUUGGUAAAAAAAUUGAAAUUAUUUGAAGACUAGAAACAAGCCGUCCAACAAUGGCGGAGGCAGAGCGUCAACUUCCCAUCUCCUAAAGUUACUUGACAAAGCAAGCGUUCAAGUAACUCACCUUAAAAAAAAUCCCAAUUAGUGCUAACGUUUGGCAACUUUAUUUUUGCGCCAAGAAAAUUAUUAUUUGUGAUAGUUGAAGAUCCACCUGUUAACAUUUGGUGCGUAAGCCUUCACAUUCAACAAAAUGAUGGAUUCUAAACAUAUUGGUAAAAUCAGUGGCACGUGUUUUAUAAAAGAAAAGCUUUAUGGAUCAAAUAACUAUUACCUUUUUCUUUCUUAUUUCAAAAUUAAUUUGGAAUUGUUCAACUCUUUAGAAAAUCAAAAUUAUUAGGAUCACUUUUUGUUAAAAGUCGCUCCAUGCGCCGGCAAACACAGUACCUACUUAUAUUGAGCAACAAAUCUGAUGCUUCCCAAUAAUUCCUGUCGUCAGCUCUUACGGUGAUCUCUGUCCAUGUGUUCGUUGUGUUUUCUUCUUGCAGGCAGAGCAGGCAGACGACAAACGCCCCCGAACUUACACCCCCCGCAGGCGGUACACCCCGUCACUACCCCCGCCCUCCAGGAGAUCUUUACCCGACAUCAACACCAAACAGUACCACUUUGGUUACUACGGCAACGGAAACGGUAACAGUAACUCAGGUAACCGGACUCUUGGGUGGUUUUACUAUAACAUGUACAAAAAAAAACGCCCCUUUGCAUUGACGUAAUUGAAUUCAAUGCGCCAUCUUCCAUCACAACCCGUUGCUUAUUUCGAUAGAGCCAAAAACAUAUUGGUCCUCAGCGUAAUCUAAUUGUUAAAAUGUGUUGGCUUCUUGGUGUAUUUAUCCUGAUUUAUACUAAGUGCAAAUCGGUUGUAGAAAGACAAAACAAAAAGAGGUGGCGAAUCAUAUUAAGAAAGUAUGAAUAUAUGGCUAGCCAUGACUUCUGUUGAAAUUAAACAUUUUUCCCAAGUUGAAAUUUUACAAUUUAAUGACUUAUUUUUAUAGCAACUGUAUUUUUUUAAAGACUCCGAAGAAGUUAUAAAAAAAAAACCUUUUGAUAUUGUAAUUUUUUUUUUUAAUAUUGUGAACGUAAAAGAUUUACAAGUUAAAAAAACAAAAGAAGUUGUCCAUAAAAUAUUAGACACUAGCCAUAUGUCUUUACUGCCUCCGGUUCGAUUAUGUUACCUUGAUCACAGCACCAAGUUUUUGACCGUGAUAUUACUAUCCCGCGUGGUUGGUCGUACUUUCGAUGCAUCUUCCCUUUGCACUAGAGACCGACCGAAAGUGAUUUUCUGAUUUCGGCCGAAGCCGAAAAUAGGCCGAAAGUUCAAAAUGACUUUCGGCCGAAACCGAAAAAAGGCCGAAAGUUUAAAAAUGACUUUCGGCCGAAACCGAAAAAAUACCGAAAGUUGAAAAUGAAUUUCGGCCGAAACCGAAGCCGAAGCCGAAACCAAAAAUGAAAUAUUAAGAUAUUUUGAAAUUCGUUCCCGCAUACAUUCUGCUUAUAUCGAAAAUGAUGUGGGAAAAUAUACAUAUUUACAUUCUUUUUAUAAAAAUGAGAUAAUCGUAAAAAUUAAUAAAUAAAAAUCUAAUUUAGGGUUCUCAAACUCGCGGCCAGCGUGACUCUCCGCGACGGUUUCAGUCGAAUCUCACCGACAAAUCUAAUUCUGAUUUUUUGUUAUGUCUAUAUAUAUUUGUGUAUGCCAGCUCUCUGGCAACAGUGAGUAGGUGGAUGAAAGUGAAUCCUAGUUCUUGAGAACCCUUAAUGAUUUUUUUGUUAUUUAUAAAGGUUGACCAGAUUGUAACAGUUGUAAUCGCUUUUUUGUGGAUUACUUGAAUCGUUUAGUUUGUUGUUAAAGAUCGUUUAGUUUGUUGUUAAAGAUCGUUUAGUUUGUUGUUAAAGAUCGUUUAGUUUGUUGUUAAAGAUCGUUUAGUUUGUUGUUAAAGAUCGUUUAGUUUGUUGUCAAAGAUCGUUUAGUUUGUUGUUAAAGAUCGGUGAGUUUGUUCAUAAAGAUCGCUUAGAUUUUUCUAAAAUAUCACUUAGUUUAAUCUUAAAGAUCGCUUAAUUUGUUCUUAAAGAAAGCUUAGUUUGUUGUUAAAGAUCGUUUAGUUUGUUCUUAAAGAUCGUUUAGUUUGUUCUUAAAGAUCGUUUAGUUUGUUGUUAAAGAUCGUUUAGUUUGUUGUUAAAGAUCGUUUAGUUCGUUGCAAAAGAUCGUUUAGUUUGUUGUUGAAGAUCGUUUAGUUUGUUGUUAAAGAUCGUUUUGUUUGUUGUUAAAGAUCGUUUAGUUUGUUGUUAAAGAUCGUUUAGUUUGUUGUUAAAGAUCGUUUAGUUUGUCGUUAAAGAUAGUUUAGUUUGUCGUUAAAGAUCGUUUAGUUUGUUCAUAAAGAUCGCCUGGUUUGUUGUUAAAGAUCGUUUAGUUUGUUCUUAAAGAUCGUUUAGUUUGUUCAUAAAUAUCGCUUAGUUUGUUGUAAACUCGCUUAGUUUUUUUCAUAAAGAUCGCUUAGUUUGUUCUUAAAGAUCUUUCAGUUUGUUGUUAAAGAUCGUUUAGUUUGUUGUUAAAGAUCGUUUAGUUUGUUGUUAAAGAUUGUCUAGUUUUUGUUAAUGAUCGCUUUAUUUGUUCUUAAAGAUCGUUUAGUUUGUUCAUAAAGAUCGCUUAGUUUGUGGUAAAUUCGCUUAGUUUUUUUCAUAAAGAUCGUUUAGUUUGUUGCAAAAGAUCGUUUAGUUUGUUGUUAAAGAUCGUUUAGUUUGUUGUUAAAGAUCGUUUAGUUUGUUCUUAAAGAUCGUUUAGUUUUUGUUAAAGAUCGUUUAGUUUGUUGUUAAAGAUCGUUUAGUUUGUUGUUUGUUAAAGAUCGUUUAGUUUGUUGUUAAAGAUCGUUUAGUUUGUUCUUAAAGAUCGUUUAGUUUGUUGUUAAAGAUCGUUUAGUUUGUUGUUAAAGAUCGUUUAGUUUGUUGUUAACGAUCGUUUAGUUUGUCGUUAAAGAUCGUUUAGUUUGUCGUUAUAGAUCGUUUAGUUUGUUCAUAAAGAUCGCCUGGUUUGUUGUUAAAGAUCGUUUAGUUUGUUCUUAAAGAUCGCAUUAGUUUGUUUUUAAAGAUCGUCUAGUUUUAGUAAUGAUCGCUUUAUUUGUUCUUAAAGAUCGUUUAGUUUGUUCAUUAAGAUCGCUUAGUUUGUUGUAAAUUCGCUUAGUUUUUUCAUAAAGAACGCUUAGUUUGUUCUUAAAGAUCUUUCAGUUUGUUUUUAAAGAACAUAUAGUCUUCUGUUAAAGAUCUCUUAGUUUAUUCUUAUAAAUCAUUAAAUAUCAUUUGUUUUGUUCUUAAAGAUCAUUUAGUUUGGUCUUAAAAAUCGUUUAGUUUGUUCUUUAAGAUCGUUUAGUUUGUUAUUAAAGAUCGCUUAGAUAGUUCUUAAAGAUCGUUUAGCUUGUUUUAAAGAUCAUUUAGUUUGUUCUUAAAGAUCGUUUAGUUUGUUCUUAAAGAUCGUUUAGUUUGUUGUUAAAGAUCGUUUAGUUUGUUGUUAAAGAUCGUUUAGUUUGUCGUUAAAGAUCGUUUAGUUUGUUGUUAUAGAUCGUUUAGUUUGUUCAUAAAGAUCGCCUGGUUUGUUGUUAAAGAUCGUUUAGUUUGUUCUUAAAGAUCGCAUUAGUUUGUUGUUAAAGAUCGUCUAGUUUUAGUAAUGAUCGCUUUAUUUGUUCUUAAAGAUCGUUUAGUUUGUUCAUAAAGAUCGCUUUGUUUGUUGUAAAUUCGCUUAGUUUUUUCAUAAAGAACUCUUAGUUUGUUCUUAAAGAUCUUUCAGUUUGUUUUUAAAGAACAUUUAGUCUUCUCUUAAAGAUCUCUUAGUUUAUUCUUAUAAAUCAUUAAAUAUCAUUUGUUUUGUUCUUAAAGAUCAUUUAGUUCGGUCUUAAAAAUCGUUUAGUUUGUUCUUUAAGAUCGUUUAGUUUGUUAUUAAAUAUCGCUUAGAUAGUUCUUAAAGAUCGCUUAGCUUGUUUUAAAGAUCAUUUAGUUUGUUCAUAAAUGUCGUUUAGUUUGUUGUUAAAUAUCAUUUAGUUUGUUCUCAAAGAUCGCUUAAUUUGUUCUUAAAUGUCGCUUAGUUUUUUGUUAAAUAUCGCUUUCGCUUAGUAUUAAAUAACUGAAAACCUGAGUAACUUUCGGCCGGAUGGCCGAAAGUCUAAGUCAAUUUCGGCCGAAACCGAAGAAAAACCGAAAGUUAACUUUUCUCUUUCGGCCGAAACCGAAAUUAAGCCGAAAGUUAACUUUCCAGUUUCGGCCGAAACCGAAACUUGGCCGAAAGUGAUAAAAUGGCCACUUUCGGCGCCGAAACCGAAGCCGAAGCCGAAAUUCGGUCGGCCUCUACUUUGCACCUUCUUUCGUCCACAGAUAUGGCCCAGGUCAAACACGUCAUAGAACAUCAAUUUCGUCAAGCUCCUCAACAAAGCUACUCUCUUCCCCCCAUACAGACACAGGCCGUUCAACCCAUCGCAGCUGUACAGGUCAGUGACGUCAUACGCCCAGUUUCACCUGUUACUUUUGUUUCAUGUUGCUUUUUUUAUAUGUUCAACCAAAUGUCUCAAACUCAUCAUAGAUAAAUGCUUAAAAUGACGUAUUUAGGUGUUUGCGGGACUUAGGCUCUUGAAUUACUUGCAAGAAAUUCAAGAGCCUAAGUCACGCAACAAACAAACAAACAAACAAACAAAAAAAAAAAAAAAAAAAAAAAAAAAAAAAAAAAAAAAAAAGUUCAACCAAAUGUCUCAAACUCAUCAUAGAUAAAUGUUUAAAAUGACGUAUUUAGGUGUUUGCGAGACUUAGGCUCUUUAAUUACCUGCAAGAAGCCCUCCGACAGUUAGAGAUCCCUGGUUUAAACAAUCAUGCAUAAAGAUGUUUCUUUAUAGGCCACUAUAAAAGCUUUUAUUACGUGUGUGUUGCUAUGUAACGUUAUUUGAUCUGUUUGUUUCUAUGUUUAAAUCAGUUCUACUAAUCACAUUUAAAUCACAGCCUGGGUCAUGACCCCGUAGAUCGCACAUGGCAACUCACAUGGCAACCGAUGUUUAGAGAUAGUACGAAUACAAGGAGCCGAUGUUGAGAGAUAGUACGAAUACAAGGAACCGAUGUUUAGAGAUAGUACGAAUACAAGGAACCGAUGUUUAGAUAUAGUACGAAUACGAAAGUAUCAAAGUCAAGCGUCAAUAAUGUGUUUGUCGCUGGCGUCAUACAAAUAUGCGAGCAAUCCGGCUUCCAAUAAACGUUUACGUUAGCCGUGCAUUGCUGUAACUGAAGAUAACUUAAGAGAACAGCUAUUGUAUUCAAAAAUAGAGGAUACGUCUGUUUUAAAAAAUUUUGACUGAACAUCCCACAACGCCGUGUUUAAACACUAAUAAUUUCACUUCGUUGUACGUUUACCAGAUGCAACAAUCUUUAGUAGCAAAUGAAUGGACCACCGUAAUAAGUCGAAACUUACUUUCGUGUGUGCUCAAAGUAUGCGGCUCUCCAUUGAAUGCUCUCAUUGAAUGCACUAGUGAAAUGUAUCAGCAGUACGUCCUUGUCGAUAAUAUAUUGCAAGACCAACAGCUUUGUAGAGUAAACGAUGUGCGUGUUGAAAAUCUACACUUCUAACGAUAGGAAAACGUUUUGCUGAAUCCCUUGAAGCGUUGGGUUUUGCUCUUUGGCGUGAAAUCAACGAUGCCUAACGGGGUAAAGGCGGUUCUCCAUUGACCAGGCAUUCCCCACUAACAUAUUCGUUAAGUCUGUGCUUUUCGAAUUCGGAAACUUUUCCAUGUACAACAACAAAAAAUUUAAAUUUCUUGACUUUUCUGUCUUCCAAAUUUAGCCCAUAACCUAUCUCCCACAGCCCGUUGCGCAAGAGCUCGUUCCUGUCCAGGCCGUAGCGCCGACAUACGCCUAUCCCGCUCUGACCGUUAGGUCCAUGGACAACCCUCGGAAGGACACCAUGUUUAACAAAUCAGGUACGUAAAUAUUUUAUGAAAUCCAAAUAUUUUUGUGAUUUAUAAUAAUAAUAAUACUUAAACUGAAAUACUUAAAUAUAAUAUUUUUUGCGCAUUUAAAUUUAUUCACUUUCCGUAAAGUAAUGUAAAAAUAACUAUGAUUGUUUUUAAGAAUCCAAACGUAUCUAAAUAAUUUCGGUUCUUUGGAGUUACGUCAGCAUAGCUCAUUCUUACAUAUAUAUAAGAGUGCAAGGAAUUGAAGAAUUACAAUCUCAAAGAAAAUAUCUAAACUAAAAUCGUCAUGAGUACAAUUGAAAAAGUGUUGCUCCGUAAACACUCUGAAUGCGUGGCCACCAACCUUUUUGGCUUUCAGACCCUUUUUGAGAAGCGAUUUCUAUGGAUACGUCCUCAGACUUAGCCUAUGUCUUACAAUUGAAUGGUUCUGUGGUAUUUCCUGGAGUGGCCGCGGUGUCCAUUAGAAGUUCACAUAUUAGGAAGCACUGCUCCAAAUGAAAAUUUAAAAAAUCAACGACAUCUUGUUAUCAAGUUAUAAAUGUUACAGUUGUUAACGAUGUUACAGUUUUUACUGAUGUUACAGUUGUUAAAGAUGUUACAGUUUUUACUGAUGUUACAGUUGUUACUGAUGAUACAGUUGUUAAUGAUUUUUUUAAAAAAUGAAUUUCAGAUUUCAUGGACAUGAUGAUGCUCCAGAAUGCCCAGAUGCACCACAUGGUCAUGCAACAGAUGAUGUUGCACCAGCUACCCGGUGCCCGCCCCGCUACAAUUCCUUUCGCUGAGCAAGCAGCUCCGGUGGCAUUGGUAGGCUCUAGGGACUGUCAAUUGUGCUUAUCAUAAGACCAUUGGGGCUUGUAUGUAUGUAGGGUGUGACUGUGGACUGUAUGAUUCAGAGCGUAUGCAUUUGUGAAUGUGACUGAGCACUUUAGAGUUUCGGUCAUGAUUAGGGCGUAGAGAGUGACAGCGUAAAUAUGUGAUGUAUGAUUGAGUACCAUAAAACUACUGAAUGUUAGUGCGUGGGUAAUGAUAAGGCUUACGAAAACUCAUCCAUAUAUUUGUGGCGGAAUAUGAUUUGGGUUUGAAUCGUUUUAAAUAAUUUUUUUUAUGCACAAUAACAUUUGGGAAUUUAAGUUGUUCCAGAUAAAAUCCAUAACACCAUUCUAAUUAAAUACGUAACACCAUUCUAAUUAAAUCCAUAACACCAUUCUAAUUAAAUCCAUAACACCAUCCUAAUUAAAUCCAUAACACCAUUCUAAUUAAAUCCAUAACACCAUUCUAAUUAAAUCCAUAACACCAUUCUAAUUAAAUCCAUAACACCAUUCUAAUUAAAUCCAUAACACCAUUCUAAUUAAAUCCAUAACACCAUUCUAAUUAAAUCCAUAACACCAUUCUAAUUAAAUCCAUAACACCGAACUCAUUGCAGCACACUAAAAUAUAGAACAUGAAAAUACACCUUAUAAAAACCGAUAGAGCUAGCUCUGUUUUUUUUUCUGCAUCCAAACCCUAUCUUUAAAAAAAAGUUUGUAUGUCCACAGAUGAGGCCAUCACCCUCUGUAUAUCACCAUCACAUUAACAGCCAGCCUAACUUCUCCAUGCCACCAAUGGACUAGUAAGUAUCUAUAGAGUAUUGAAAUGUUAACCCAAACUUGGAGAUGUAGAACUAUACGCUUUGAUCAAUCUAUUCAAGGCACCUUGUUAAAUGUAUUCAAGACAGCAUGUUGAAUGUCUUCAAGACACCUUGUUAAAUGUAUUUGCAGACAACGUAUUCAAUCUACUUAAUAACAUUUAAAAAAACAAACAAAAAAAAUAUUUUAAAAAAAACAAUCAUCGUCAAAACUAUUUUGAGAAACAAUCCUGGAAACAAAAUGUGGAAACAAAAUGUGGAAACAAAAUGUGGAAACAAAAUGUGGAAACAAAAUGUGGAAACAAAAUGUGGAAACAAAAUGUGGAAACAAAAUGUGGAAACAAAAUGUGGAAACAAAAAAAGUUCAAUUAUAUCGUCUCAUCCACUGGGGGAAAUUUUGACUUAACAGAUGGAAAUCUAUUCAAAAUGUUCUUAGUUUAAAUAAAUUAUUUGAUAUUAUACAUUUCAAUAGUAUGCACUGCUUCCAUCAAAAUCUUGCUCACUCAUCAUGCUUUAACCAACCACUCUAUCAAGUCAAACACCACCACCAUCAUCCUCACCAUCAACGCCCACGCCACCAUCCUCACCAUCAAUGCCCACACCACCCCCACACCAAUUCUCACACAUACUUUUUUGACUGGCAUUUAUAUAUCUGGCCUUUUCUCUUCUUUUCUUGUUACCAGUCGGGGUAUGGGUGGUAGUGGAGGCUACUACGGUCGCAGUAAGUAUACACAUUUUUUUUUCUUUCAAUUUCUUUUAAAAUAUUUGGUUUAUCUGGCUUCAGUAGAUUCCAAUCAGUAGUUUAGGAUCGCUAUUAGAGAUGUGUGUGGAACCCGCAAUAUAAUCAUGCGUGUGUAAUAUGUGAAUGUUUCAUGUUGCUGGUAUCCCCAGAUUUCAAUCAGUAGUUUAGGAUCGCUAUUAGAAAUGUGUGUGGAACCCGCUAUAUAAUCAUGCAUGUAUUAUCUGAAUGUUUCAUGUUGUUGGUUACAAUCAGAUUACAAUCACAAAGCUGUAUUAAGUUAAUAGCAAAAAUUCUAUUUUUGAUGGUCAUCUUGAUUUUACAGUGAUAUUAUAGUAUUUGAAAAAUUCGCGAUUUCAAAAAAUAAUUUCAUGAUAAGUUCUCAUAGUUUAAUAAAGUAAAAGAGGUCAACAAAAGAAAGCUAAAUAAAAUGGUUUGAAAGGCAGUUACUUUGAUUGGUUAAUAGUACUGACUAGUUCGUUUUUGCUAAUCCUAAAAUUCAUUGAAAGACGUUUCAGAGUAUAAAAAUUAUGUCAAAAUAACAAUUCUUGCUCCACAGUAUUCACAAUUGGUUCUUUACCUUCUUUUUUAAAAACUGCGGCUAUUAAAAUCAUCAACUUUUCUUGAAGUCCAAGCAUAUUUGUUUCUUAAAUUAAAUUGUAUUUUAUUUCAGUCCAAAAUUUUCUUUUUAUUUUCCAGUCGAAUUUUUCAUCGCACGUUUCACGUGAUUCAUCCCAGCCAUUCACAGAGGCGAAUUCGGCUGUUAUAUAUUUAUAAAACAACAACUUAGCACUGUUUAGAAACAGUCCAAAUAAAUUUUAAAUAAUGGAGCCAUCGUUUAUAUUUACACAAAUGUAAAAAAUUUGUAAAGUAAUAAACACGAAGAAAUGAAAAUUUAGUAAAAUUGAUGGAAAAUUAGUAACGGAUCCAAAGAUAAUGACACUUGUAUUUUAAAACAAAAUUAAUAUGCGCAGUUCUAAUCACUCACGUGUUUAAAAAAAAAAAACACCACAUAAAUUGAGACUAAAUUGAAAAAGAAACACGCCAACAACAUCUUUUAUUUUUGUUUCGUUUCAGACUACAAUAGCACAAUAUAUGAUGAUGGCUCCAAUUAUUAUCACUACCACUGAGAGGAGGCGAGGACACUAUUGGCUGUUACCUAGCAACCGCGACGUAAAACUUCUCUGUGAAUGGCUGGAGAUGAUCACGUGCUUGUUUCUGUACUUCGCCGCAGAACAGAAAACUAACGAACGAAAGCGAAACAGACUUAGUCAUGAAAAAUAUGUUGUGCUUAUUGUAAAGUUGACGAUUACCUAUGUGAUUAUUUAUGAUACUUGUGUAAAAUGUGAUGUAGUUAAUGAGAAAAAAAAUCUUGUUCAUAUCUUUUAACAAGAUUGUCCACCAUAGAGAGGUAUAUUGGGGUUUAGAGAUUAAAGUAGUUUGUAUUCAUUCUUUAAAAAAAAGCUUCAUCACGAUUAGCUGUAAAUAUAUUGCCAAUGAAAUAAAUUGUAAGUUCUUUCGAAAUGUGGACAUGUUCUAGAUUAAAGUUACAAUGAACCUCUCUUCCCCCAAACUUUUUCCAACUGAUAUUUUGGUUGGUGAUCGCGAACUUCGAACUUCGAUCAGACUGUUUGGUCGUUGUUUGCACAAGGUUAUGGUAAACCACAAUCGAAGUUUCUAUUGACUCGAUCAAACUUCCUUGAUGCCCAAAUCUCUGUUCAUGAGGCUACAGACACUGAGUAGUCAAUGACACGUCUAUUCAAUGGCAGGAUACAGGCAUAUUUGAAACUAGGACAUAAUACCUGUAAAUUUACGAUGUAGUUUAACUAGGGUGAAGUUAUGGGCGUUCGGGUGGAGGGGGGUAGGUAAAUAUUUAUCAGCAACAGCAACCAUAUGGCGAAUAAGAUUUUGCAAGUCUAGAUAGUGCCAUCAUGCAAGUGCUUCACUUGUAUGCAGAAGUGUGUACAUAAUUUAAGAUUGAGGUAAGAAGUUCACCCAAGUGCCUCAUAUGUGUCCCAUCUGUUAUUCAAAUUGUGACCUGGUUUGUGGGGUAAAACAGUAUGUCGACAUAAUUGGGGAUAAGAGAUCUGUGAUAGUCACCUGUGAUAUUUGUUAUAUUUUAAAUAUGGAUUGCUCUUCUUUGAUUCAACUUUUUCAAUGAAUUGAGGAAUUGACUUGGUGAAGUUUAAGUUGUGUUUUAAUGUAUUUGGGUUCUUUUCGCCUUGAGAAGCUGUAAUAAUUACAAUGAUUAUAACUGCUUCAACCCCCAAAAAGAAAUAAUUAAAGAAAUGUGUGGAGAUUUUAAUUUAAUUUUAGUAAUGGAUCCAAAUAUAUCGUGUUUUUUUACAGUAACUUACCGUGUCCAUUGCCUUAAAACAAUAAAAAAAAUUAUAGCCUUACUCCCUUAAAACUAAAUAACGAACUUAUUUAAAUUUAGAUGCAGAAAUAUAAUUUAACUGCACUUUUAUUUCUUAUUACUAAAACUGUAUUUAGUUUCAACGCUUAAAUUUACUCCUUAAAAAAUAUCGUAAAAAUAAUAGACCAACAAACAUCAUUGUCAUUGGUGUUGAAAAAGACUUUUUUAAGAAUUGACACAAUCCUGUCUCAAUAUUAGAAUUAUUUUUUUUUUCAUCCAAUUCUCCAAUGUCUGUCAGUUUAAUAAUGUGUAGACUUUAACAACAUUAAAAGUUUCUAGACCAUGAUAAAUAUGUCAAAUUAAUUGUAUAUCUUCCUUUUAACUCGCUAUGAUAGAAAUGCAUUUUCAAUUGAAUCAUAUUCUUUGAUAUGCUUUUGAACUUAAAACAAAUAAGCUAAAAAUAUCAUAAUAUGUGUGUACGGAAAUUUGUUUGAAAGAAAUUUCGUCGACGGAAAAUUGAUCGACGGAAUUUUGAUCGAAUGGAAAUUCGGUUGAAUCUUUUUUUCUGUUUACACGUUAAAAUUUAUUCUUCUGUUUUACUAUAUAGUAUAGUGCGUUCAAAAAGAAAUUUGGCAAAAAUAUUGGCGAAAUUUCUUUCAAACGAUUUCUGGUAACCCAUAAUAUGAUGGCAAAUUAAAAAAAAACAACAACUUCUAAAUGCAAAUCUUGUGAUCACCAAAGUUAAAAUAUAUUUCUUUUAAAGUUUUUGCUGCUUCUUCAAUUAAACAUAAAUUAUUCAGACUAAAAUACUCACUGUGAUAGGAUUAUUAUUCAUUAAAAGUGUUCUGUCUAAAAAUAAAAAAAAGUUUAUAAAUAUUCUUCUUGUUGACGAAAAUAUAUUCCUCUUAAAACUUUCAUUAAGACUUUAAAUAACAAAUUAUCAUUUCUCUCAUUAAGAAUUUUAUCAAAUUAAUAUUCUUUUUUAAAAAUCUCAUAUCAUGUUAUAUUAAACAUUUUAUAUAAAAAAAUUAUCUUUGUACAAAUGAAUUAUAUUUUAAUAUUAAUUUAUAAAAUAAAGUGUAGGACUCAUUCUGAAUUCGAUAUAUUUUUAUAACAUCAGUUUACAAAUAACCAUGUCCAAAUGAUAGGUACACAUUUCUUUUAGUUUUCGUUUGCCAUCCAGUUGUUCAUUAUUGCAAUUUAUUUCAUUCGUUUCUUUAAUUCAGUAGCUUUGUAGACAUUUUAUAAUUAAAAUUAUGCAACUCUGCCAUGUUAAAUUCAAAUUUUUUAUUUAUUUAUUUUUUUUAAACGACAUUGACCACUUUAACAUACUCUUCAAUCAUGUUUAAAUUUAUACAUUUUCUAAUUUAGAGAAAUAAUUGUUCAAUAUUAUCCCUCUAUUUUUUUCAAUUGCAAAUAGCUUAAAGCAAAAAAAAAAAAAAAAGAAAGGUUAUUUUUUAAAUUAUAAAAUAUUCGUUUCAAUUCUAAAAUUAAUGUUUAUCCCCUUACCAAGAAUUGGUAUUUUAAUCUUUCAUAUUCUUAAACAACAAAUAAAUUAAAAAUGUUUAAAUUUAUAGAUUUUCUAAUUUAGAGAAAUAAUUGUUCAAUAUUAUCCCUCUAUUUUUUUCAAUUGAAAAUAGCUUAAAGCAAAAAAAAAAAAAAUAGUAAGGUUAUUUUUUAAAUUAUAAAAUAUUCGUUUCAAUUCUAAAAUUAAUGUUUGUCCCCUUACCAAGAAUUGGUAUUUUAAUCGUUCAUAUUCUUGAACAACAAAGAAAUUAAAAUUAAAGAAGCCGAUUUGUGAAACAAUUAAUAAUGUUUUUAUUUAAUUUUUAAAAAAGAAUUGUUUGAUGUUGCUUACAUUGUGAUAACACAUGUCUUGAAUGGAAGAUUAAAAUUAACGUAAGACUUUAAUCGUAUGGUUAACUUCCUCAUACAAAAGUUUUUCAAGCCAACAUCAAAUCAUGGGAAGCCACUAUUACUAAGGGGAAGCCACUAUUAUUAAGGGGAAGUCACCAUUAUAAAAGCGCAGCCAGAAUUCUAAUGGUCAAUGUUGAGUGGAUGGAUCGCUCUACUCGGUGGAGUAGGUAGAGAUAAAACGCCCGAUGCGGAACUUUAUUUUUUCCACCCCACAUGAAAAAAAGCGCCAUGCAUAAAGACUACACAUAAAAAUAAAUAAUGCAAAAUGCAUGAAAAAGCCGCUCAAAGAUAAGUGCCGCCCGGGGGGGAGGAGGAGGGCGCUGGUGGUUCCAGUGGUCCUCAGAAAUUAACGUAGGCAUCUAUCCAGUGUGAGAAAUUUAGGAUUAUAAAAAAAUUAAGAAGGGGCUUGGUAGAUAAAAAAUAUUUUAUGGAGAUUGCGCAUGUACAGAAGGUAGGAAGAAGGGAUGAAGAAGGGAUGCUCGAAUAUCAGUUCCAUGCCACAAUCAUUUGGAGAUAAGAUCACAACUUUUGAAAUGUGUAAAUUAAUACUGGAGCCGAAAAUUCCUUGUACUGAAUGCUUUUCUUGCUCGAACAUCGGACCCAUUGUGGUCGAGAGUUUUAAAAAAAACGAAAUAUAUGUGGCGAAUUGCAGCAAAUCUAAAGACAAAUGUUAUGUAUUUAUUAUUCAGUUACAUAACUUCCGUCUUCAGACUUCUGACAGAGCUCAUUAUUAUAAACGUAGAGAUUUGUGUGUGUGUGAGAGAGAGAGAGAGAGAGAGAGUAGAUUUAAAUAUGUCACAUCAAAGAUCUAAACCUGUACUUCUAUUCUAUCUCCAGGUGCCAACUAUAGGUUAUAAAGUAAAAUGAUUCUUAUAACACGAGAAUCCCUAGCAUAAAGGAAAUGUUUUAUUAUUAAAAAAUAUAAAUGCAAUUUAAUUAUACUGUUGGGCUCCCUAGAAUACUGCAUAUGAUAAAUACAACUCCAAUAUGGUGUUAACAAUCAGCGUUGAUUGUAUCUUACAAACACUACACACAAACAGUUUGAAAUUCUCCACAAACAAACAAAAAUAAUAAUUAUAUUUGACUACAUAAUCUGAAAUACCGAGUUCUGCAAAUCAGGUAAGACAUAGCAGAACUGUCAAGUAUCUCACCUUUCGGGGAUACAAUGCUGGUGAUAUUAAUGGCUGCAAUUAUUUGACACAUGCUGUUAUUCCAUUUAGGUUUAGGAAGACGUCCCAUCAACUACAGAGCGAGAUUACCCAUGGGAAACAGAGCCCCAGUCG